AUGAAACCCAAAGUGGCUCUGCAGCGGCGCAAAGAGCAUCAGUGCCGACAGCAGAUUGCAUUUGGGCGUUGGCCGCUGAGCAAAGGGGUCCAGGGAAAGGGAGAGGCUGCUUCAGCCAAGCGACCCAUCUCUUGCGGCUGGGCGUGUCUCACACCAGACUUAGUCCUAAAGGUGGCAGAGACGUUGGAUGACAGGGACAUCCAAGUCAUGGGCUGCGCAUGUGCCGGAUGGCGCGAUGUGCUAAACAGGAGCAUCGUGCGCAUGUGCUUCACCUGGGCAGGCCACCACACAGUGCCCGGCUAUGUUGAUGGGGUGGUGCGCGGAGCAGCGCUGCUCUUCAGGCAGCUGGAGUUUGUGAGCUUGCGACGGGCCAGCCACCUAAGCGACAGCGCACUCGGCUGCCUGGCAAUGUCCUGCGGCGCGCAUCUGAAGGAGGUGGAUCUGUCGGGCUGCCAGUGCCUGACAGACGCGGGGAUUGCCAGCCUGGCGCGCUGCAGCCCCUAUCUGCGCGCCAUUGAUGUCAGCAGUGGCUUCGAGCUCACGGACGCGGCGUUCACUGCUCUAGCCGCCUGCCGCAAGCUGCGCUCUGUGAAUGCAUGCGGAUGCGACCGGCUCACUGACACCGGCCUCUCCGCCCUCGUGCACGGCGCCAGGCAGCUGCGGGAGCUCAAUCUGGGCUGGUGCGAAGAAAUCACCGAGACCGGCUUGCAGGCAGUUGCAGAGUGCUGCCCUGACCUGGAAAUGCUGGACCUGUGCGGCUGCAACAAGGUGCGCGAUGUGGGGCUGAUUGCGCUGGCGGAGCGCUGCACUGGGCUGACCUCGCUGGGCCUGCACUGCUGCCGCCGCCUGACGGACGCCUCUAUGGCGGUCGUGGCCGCCCGGCUGCACCGCCUCACCAGCCUCAACGUCAGUGGUUGCCUGCCCAUGAGCUGCAAGGCUGUCCAGGAAGUGGUAGAUGCGAAUCCAGGGCUGCACACAUGCCGCAGCUUCCAGCGCACAGUCAUCAUUGGGGGCUGCCUCUCACUGCUGGGCGUGAGGACGUGUUUAGUAGCAUAG